AAUUGGUCUUGGUGCUAUCGAGGAUGCUUAUGUAAUGCGUCGAUAUACGAAUGAUACUUUUCACGGGUUAUACUACCUACACAACCUCAAUAUUCUACAUUCAGAUGUCAAACCGGAAAACAUCAUGUAUAUUCGCGGUAAAACUAAUCAAAGCGAAGGGCAACUUUUAAAACUUGUUGACUUUGGAAUGAGUUGUAUUCCCGGUUCCACAGAUCACAAAUGUGGGGAUUACUAUCUCCAACCAAGAUUCUAUCGAUCUCCAGAAAGUAUUUUAUGUUUGCCUGUAACUACCAAAUGCGACAUAUUCAGCGUUGGUGUACUACUAGUUGAGUUCAUCAUUGGCUUUCCACCUUUCAUGGGAAACAACGAGGUUGCACAACUGGCAGCGAUGAUGCAAGUGCUUGGAUUUCCACCUUCACAUCUAAUUGAUAUUUCGCAAAGAAAAGAGGUUUUCGCUGCGGCUUUAGAUUUUACAAUAUUGAACGGAUUUCAUCAGAAUCCUUAUCUCAGAAAUCUAAACGAACUACUGGAAGGACUUAACCCACUGCUGAUUGAUUUAAUAACACGGUGUCUAAAGUGGGAUCCAAAAGUGAGAAUUACUGCAGAAGAAGCUUUACGUCAUCCAUACUUAACAAUAAAUUAAUUGAUAUGCAUUUUGGUAUUGGAUCUUGUUGUUUAUAAUAAAGUAACUUGAUGAAGUCAAG